CCGACGCCGCCCUCCGCCCGCCCGGCGUUCUGCGGACUCGGUGUGCCUGGGGGAAAGCGCGGCCGACAUGAGCGGCAAAGAAGGAGGGUUCCGGAAGAGGAAGCAUGACAACUUCCCGCACAGCCAGAGGCGAGAGGCGAAGGACGUUAACUCGUCCUCCCCGGUGAUGUUGGCCUUCAAAUCAUUUCAGCUGGAACUGGAUGCAAGGCAUGACAAAUAUGAGAGACUUGUGAAACUAAGCCGGGACAUAACUGUUGAAAGUAAAAGGACAAUUUUUCUCCUCCAUAGGAUUACCAGUGCUCCUGAUAUGGAAGAAAUAUUGGCUGAAUCAGAAAUUAAGUUGGAUGGUGUCAGACAAAAAAUAUUGCAGGUAGCCCAAGAGCUAUCAGGAGAAGACAUGCAUCAAUUCCAUCGAGCCAUUACCACAGGGCUGCAGGAAUAUGUGGAAGCUGUCUCUUUUCAACACUUCAUCAAAACACGUUCAUUAAUCAGUAUGGAAGAAAUUAAUAAGCAGUUGAUAUUUACAACUGAAGACAGUGGGAAAGAAAACAAAACUCCCACCUCAGAUGCCCAGAUGAAGCAGCCAGUCACUUGGAGCCUGAAAGUUACGCCUGUGGACUACCUGCUGGGAGUGGCCGACCUGACGGGAGAGCUGAUGCGCAUGUGCAUUAACAGCGUGGGGAACGGGGACAUCGACACGCCCUUUGAAGUGAGCCAGUUUUUGCGCCAGGUUUAUGAUGGGUUCUCAUUCAUUGGCAACACUGGUCCUUAUGAGGUUUCCAAGAAGCUGUACACCUUGAAACAGAGUCUGGCCAAAGUGGAGAAUGCUUGUUAUGCCCUGAAAGUCCGGGGCUCAGAGAUACCAAAGCAUAUGCUGGCAGAUGUGUUUUCAGUUAAAACAGAAAUGAUAGAUCAGGAAGAGGGUGUGUCUUAGGGUAAUACCUGCCAGCUAUUCUCCUGUGACAGCUUCGGAGACUGUUACUUGGUGUUUGGUUUGACUUUGGUGUGGCUUUUACAUACAGAUGUUUUCAGUUGUACUGUUUUAAGCUGUAUACAAACUGUAUAUAAAAUUACCCAAAUGAGUCGUUUCUUAGUGUUUCUGAAAGUUUGCAUUCAAGUGUUUACCCAUGUGUGUCUUUGUGAAGUUUUUGCUAACUUUUGUUGCUUAUCUAUUAUAUCAAUAUGUCUCAGAUGGCACUUUCUGUCAGACCUGUUUUAGCUUACAGUGUGUGAACUUUGGAGUUGUAGUUUUUAGUGGGGUUUUUAUUUUUUAGAGAAAAAAAUUUCUUAGUUAAACUUCUGGACUUGAGCUUCCUGUUUAUAAAUUUCUUGGUAGUACCGUGCCAAGCUUCCAAGAUAGGCUUAAUUCAUAGAUCGAGAAUUAAGGAACUAUUGGUAUUUUUUAAGUGUAAGUUUUGAGCUGUUAAUAGUGAGAAUUCGUAUAGUUCUGGCAACUUUUGGGCCAAUUUGAAUUUCUAUGUAACAGCCUUCUAGAAAAGCUGACAGGGUACUUAGGUACUCAUUUUUUUUGUCCUUUAUCACAGAAGAUGUGAUGAGCAUUUGGAGAUAAUGUUGUAAUAUUUUUCACUGGUAAAGAUGAGUUGCAUUGUAUACUUGUAUAUGGAGCUAAAAAUCUUUUAGUAGUGAUUAUUUAGCAGAGUUUUUCUGUGUUUUUUGGGGGGGAAGGGGAAUGAAGUUAUGAGGCAUGUUUGGAGGCUUUCUUACUCUAGCAUCUAUAGAAGUUACAUUUAAAUAAUUACAAUGACAUUUUAAAUACUAAGUUAUUCCAAACCUUUGUAGUUGUCCUGUGGUGUUAACUGAUGAAGUUGCCAAAGAAAAUGUAUUCUGUAUAACUGAGCAAUAAGACAGUUGUCAGCGCUGGCAGUCUGUGGUUGUCUUCAGGGCUGGGAUCUGCUACCGAGCUGAGCUACAGCUGAUCACCUGUGACGUGGUCCUGGCUGGUCACUGGGUAGUUCCAACUGUUUUGUGAGUUUUGAGAAUCCAGAUGCUGGGUUUUAUUUUUUUGAAAGAUUAUCUCUGUUUGUAAGGGCUGAUUCUUUGCAAAUGUAAUUUUCCAAAAAAUAUUACCUAAAGGAAAAUAAAACAGACAUGCCUGA